CAGAACAGUGUUGCGCUGCCGAAAUCAAGUGACCCUGGCACCGUAAUGUGAAAGCCAAAGCUAGCCUCGAGUUCUUAUUCGUUAUCAUCAAGCACUUAGUCUAUAUGUCUGAGACUGUCCAGUACCCCCGGAUAGUUACGAAUUCCGCUGACAGGACGAAGUCCCGGCCCGCGCCUCUACACAUGGAGUCCCAGAUCUUCUCUUGGCGAAGAUCGUUGAAGAUGAUCUAUAUAAUGGAUGCUUUCCAUGGUUUAUAGUGGUCGGUUCGAUAUCCCAGUUGUCAACUCACCUUCAAACCAGUCGAACAAGUCAAACAUCAUGAAGUUCGCCGCUAUUUUCACCGCUGCCCUUUCACUCCUGGGAUGCGGCUCCGCGAACCCCGUCCCAGGGGGCGAGCUUGCGAUUCGCGCAUCGACGGUGACACGAAGAGCGGAAACUGGCAUUACUGACAUUGAUGGUGUUUGGGUUCCCUUCCAGCCAGGCUACUUGACCGGAACGUACCUCCUUUUCCACAAUUCUGACUUUGUCACUCUUCGCGGGACGGGUUAUGUUCGGGUCCGCUGGGAGGUGGAAUACUGGAUGCGUGCUGGGCCCACUGGCGACUUGACUAUCACCCCAACUGGGUCAUUCAUCUUGACCGCCGGAGGUGGUGGCUUCCAAUAUGCGGACAAUAACCCAGCUCCGUUCUGCAACUCACCUUCUGGCACCAGCUGCGUCAAUGCCACUGGCUCAGAUGAGACUGGGUACACUUACGGGUUUCUGAAGAACCAUUGGCACAAUGAAUACUACUGGCUCGACGGCGAUGUGACUGUCCAUACCAACGAAGGAACCGGCCUUUACAACGUUGCUCUUGCGGUCGUUUCAUUCGAUGAUAUGCUCGCCGAGAUUAAUGAUGCCUACCCAUCUCCCAAUCGCAUUGGUCAUGCGCUCGACCCGAAGGAUAGUGUCUGCCCUUGCACUGGUUGAGGUGCAGUAACAUCUAGAUCGUUGUGUAUUCCAUGAACAAAUCCAGUUGAGGAGUCGAAGGUUGGGACAUUGGGUUGGUGGCGAUGGGCCGCUAGGACACUAUGGAAUGGUUUUAUGUUAUCAAAACAGGCUAAGUGGAAUACGGCGUGCUUAGUUAGCAGGCUUAGCAACUGUGUGUAAUGGUAUUCAGG